CAAUGGUGGCGCCAUCUGAGUCACAUGAACAAACCAAGAUGGCAGACGCUGUGCACGACGCCCCGUCCCGCGAUGCAUCCGAAAAAGCAGACGACGUCGUCAUCACUGCCCUCGAAAGGAUGGAAACCAUUUUAUCGUUACGUGAAGGCCUCAACGAACUCUUCGAGUCUGGCCUGCUGGACUUAGCCCGAGCGAGGUACGCGAACGGCAACAGAAGUGUUUCUGCUUUACAGCUACACCUCGGAGAGAUAAGUGCACGGCGCACCGUAGCCACGGUCCCGCAGAAAAGCCCGUCUACCGGUGGAAUGUACAACCACUUCGAAAUUGUAACCGCCACCCAAGGAAACGGAGACUCGGAAGAGCCUGUACGUAAACGUCGCGGUGACAGCAAGGAUGACGAAGUCGAAGUUGAACCACACCGCGACCAGGAUCCACUGAAGUGGUUUGGAGUUUUAGUGCCGUCGUCGCUACGAACCUCGCAGCGGCGCUUCGUAUCAGCGCUUGAAGUAAUUGCUGAUAUAGCCACUGAGCAGUCUCGAUUGCAGGACUCGCUUGAAUGGUAUAAGAAACACAAACGGUCGGUAUCGGGUGUAAGUGCUGACAAAUAAUAAGAGUCUACAGCGUUCUACCAAAGCUUACUAUGCUACCCACUGCCGCACUUAUGCACGGAUGUAUAUAUGUAUUUCUAAUAAAUUGUUCCACGAUGUGA